AUGGCGGAAACGGCCGAACUCAACGAGCGCUUCGCCGGCGGCGGCAAAGAGCUGGAGCCCGAUGUCGUCGUGGCGCUGCAGUCCAUAAUGCGCACGCACGAAUUGACGGUCCAAGACUUGUUCUUCAAGUGGGAGUCCUACUGCAUAAAGAUGGACUCGGAGGAGAUGCGGCCGUCCAUGGAGAGACUCCAGGCCUUCAAGCAGGAUCUUCUGGAUGCACUCGAGAGGAACAACCGGACACAAGCACACAUCAAAACCGAGAAGCGGGCUGGCGCGACGCCGCGGACGGCCGUCAAAGGCGGCGAUGUCUUUGGCAUGAUUGAUGGCCUGGUGCCGAAUACACCUGGAACUGGCAAACUCAGCAAGGCAGGCUCCGCCAGAAAGAGGCAGUUGGACUCGCCGUCGAUUUCUCGUGUGAAGAAUGGUAUUGCCAGCAGCUCUCCGGACUACAAAAGCUCCCCUGCUAUAAAACUGGAGGAACAGAUGAAUAACAUGGGUGCCAUCCCCCCAUCCUCGUUUGUUGACCGCAAGAACGCCGGCGAAGUUAUUGAAGUCUUGAACGAUACUCUACCCCCUGCUGAGCCGCCCAUUGCACCAUUUGGCGAGUCACGGAUCAAGCUCACUGCUGCUUCCGACCAAAAGAAACUCGCAUACAAACCUCUCGCCAUGAAGUUGUCCGAAACCUCAGAGAUCCUCGACGACAGGAUAGACGAGUUUCAGAAUCUGGUUAUGGAGCAUCACAAAUUGGACGACUCGGCUUUCGGUAGUGCAGCGAGCCAGAGCACGUCCGAGGUAGUUGCUGUCGGCCGAAUUGCAUCAGACUCGCCGGAGGGCAAGUUGAACGCUGCAUCCGUGGUCUUGGAGACAUCAAGGAGGAUGGGCAGUGGACUGCGAGUGCCCCUCGAUCUUAACAAGCUGCGAGGCUUUCAGCUCUUCCCAGGCCAGAUUGUCGCCCUUCGCGGGACCAAUGCUUCAGGGCAUUCGUUCAACGUUACCGAGAUCCUGGAGGUGCCGCUCCUGCCCAACGCAGCCUCAACCCCCGCAACCCUCGAGAUGCACCGCGAAAGGCUCAGAGGUGACCCCGAUGCGAUGGACUCUGACUCUGAUCCGAUGCCCCUCAACGUCAUCUUCGCAGCAGGCCCCUACACGGCCGACGACAACCUGGACUUCGAACCGCUGCACGCUCUCUGUGAUCAUGCAGCUGACACUUAUGCCGACGCCUUGGUUCUGACUGGCCCGUUUAUUGACGUGGACCACCCGCUCAUCGCCACGGGCGACUUUGAUCUGCCUGACGACGCCGUGGUGGAGCCAGAUACGGCAACCAUGUCGACCGUAUUCAAGUACAUGUUCUCUCCAGCCAUCAACCGCCUCGCUGCUGCCAACCCUUCCAUGACCAUCCUUCUUGUCCCUUCUGUACGUGACAUCAUUGAUAAGCACGUCUCAUGGCCGCAAGACGCCUUCUCGAAGAAAGAGCUCGGGCUGCCAAAGGCCGCCAAGAUCAUCGGCAACCCAAUGACCUUGUCGAUGAACGAGAUGCUCCUUGGCAUAUCGUCGCAGGAUGUUCUCUACGAGCUGCGGGCCGAGGAGCUCGUUGGUGGCAAGAUCAUGUCUCCCAACAUCUUUGAGCGGCUCAGCCGCUAUCUGAUCGAGCAGAGGCAUUACUUCCCCUUGUUCCCGCCCACAGACAGGCAGAAGCUGCCCAAGACAGGCACGCCCGAGGGCGUGGCGACGGGUGCCAUGCUCGAUCUGAGCUACCUGAAGCUAGGAGAAAUGGUCAAUGUCCGGCCGGACGUGCUGAUCAUGCCCAGCAUCUUGCCCCCAUUUGCAAAGACUCCAUAG